AUGCCCCUCCUAACCCCCCUCUCCAUCCCCAGAACCAAAGUCUCCCACCUAAACCCCAUAACCUACGACCACGACCGCGCCGUCAACGCAAUCUACAAACGCGGCGACAUCUACUUCGGCUCGCAAACCGUGCCCCCGAACAAUGCCUGGUCCGACGGCACCCGCUCCUUCAUGGCCCCCAUGUCGGACUUCCACCUCCUCCAAACCGAGUCCUUCCACGUAACCUCCGGCCGCGGGGUCUGGUACCUCGGCGACGAAGUCAUCCAUCUGAACGAGGGCGAGGAUAUGGUCAUCCCGCCCUGGCGCGCGCAUAGGUUUGAGAAUUUGCCGGGGAGCACGGAGCCUUUGAGGAUUGAGUAUCGGUAUGAUCGGCAGCGGUUUGCGAUGGAGGAGAGUUUUUUUCGGAAUGCGUUGACGUAUAUGGAUGAUUGUCGGAGAGUGGGCGUGGUGCCGAGUUGGUUUCAGCUUUGUGUGUUUUGUUCCAAGGCGUGGAUGGUGCCGGAUGUGGUGCCUGUGCCGUGGGUUCGGGGGGUGGGUGGGGAGUAUGUGAGGUGUGUGGUUAAUUGUGUUAUUAUGUGGGUUUGUUCGGUUGUGGGGUGGGUGGUUUUUGGGUAUAGAGGGAGUUAUAGGGAGUAUUAUGACCCCGAGGGGGAGGGGAGGAAGGGGAUGUGA